CUUCCUGAAACAUCUCCAUCUUCAGCCCUGUGUCCCUCUUGAACGUUGCCAUCCCAGCAGGCUACAUCUUAGACCGACUCUACUCCUGCAAACGUUUACACACAUUGGAGCUGUACACUUGGAGCCCAUGAGAACUUCACCUGCCAUCUGGCCGCUCAAGGACGCCCGAGAGCUCAGCUGACAGCAGCAUGGCGAGCACUUCGGGUUCAACACCGGAUGAAGUGUUUGACGCCUCGAAGCAUGCAAAGGCCCCUCCCAGGUUCUACAUCAGCGCGCCUCAGGAUGCGCCCGCGGUCCGCGUGGGCCUGGUCAGCCCCACCAUAGGCUACGGCCUCUUCGCGGCGCGCGACUUCGCCAAGGACGAGUUCAUCUUCCACGAGGCGCCCAUGAUGACGGCGCUCUUCAACGAGAAGUUCGCGGCCGACCAGACCCUGGUGCAGAGCCAGGUGGCCGCCUACCGCGCCGCGCUGGCCAGCCACCCGGCCACGGCCGUCGCCUUCCCGGUCCCCGCCGCCCGGUUCGGCAUCGCCCCGCCCGCGUUCGACCGCGCCGCCGCCGUGCUGGCCUCCGGCGAGCUGGGCCGCAACCUCGCGCACGGCCGCUUCGCCGGGUCCACCGUCACGCGCGACCAGUACGACGCCUACGUCGCCGGGAUCAAGGCCGUCGAGAAGCCGUCCGAGGCCGACGCCCGCGACGCCUGCCUCGACUUCUUCAAGCACUACGCCUUCGAGGUCGGCGGCCGUGGCGCAGGCUCGGGCGUUGCCGCCGCCGCCGCCGCCGCCUCCUCCUUUUCCGCCUCCGCCUCCUCCUCCUCCUCUUCCUCCUCCUGCCCCGCGUCGUCGGCCUCCGUCACCAGGGAAGCCUGCAUCUACCUGCUCGGCUCGCUGAUCAACCACUGCUGCACCGUGCCUGCCUCCUCGUCGGGCUUUCUGGGCAGCAGCGGCAAGCGGAGUUCCUCCUCCUCGCUGAGCGGGACCGAGCAGGGCCCCAACUGCUGCUGGCGCAUCGGGCCUUCCGGGCUCGCGCACUUUGUGAAACCCCGCCACAUAUGCGUGCAGGCCCGCCGGGCGAUCCGCGAGGGGGAGCAGCUGACGUGGGACUAUGGCAAGCGGGAGAAGGGGUUCGUUUGCGAGUGCGACACCUGCCGGGGCAGUUUUGUCGGCGGGCUGGGACAGAUCUGCGCCAUACUGUGAAGGGCGGGGAGGGGGGCAUGGGUGAGGUUCUGCGACGUCCAUGGGAUCUGCUGCUUGCCUGGUUGCGAACGACACAUGAUAUAUGGGAAUUUCGAGGGAAUGGGACACUACGUUGACUGUUAGAAGAAUUCUUUGGCACUUAAUUUGACGCUGCGGCAUGGUAUCAAG